GCAACUGACUCUAGAAAGCACCCAGCUGUCAUGGGUACGUCUUAACAGGUUUUGACACUAAUGUGACUUUAGUUCCUGCUUAGUGACAGAGUCCGUUUAGAUGUCCGCGAACUCAAACUGUUGAAAUCAUAGCCGAGAUUCCCGAUGAGAGCAGGGUCGCAUUUAUCAAAGGAACUCCCUCAUCCGGAAAGACGACGCUCGCAUAUCUUCUUCAUGAUCACUUUCGCCGAUGUAACAUGCCCUCAGUAAUGAUUCCAAGAUGGGGACAAACCAGGAAGCAGUACAUCGAUGUUCUUGCUAGCUAUGCCCAUGAUGCUGGUUACAACGAAGUCACUCGAGGCAACCUGCAUCACUAUGAUGGUUGGCUCAAGGACUGGUUAAUACCUGAUUGUCGUACUUCAUCUUCUCAACCAUAUAAUGUUGCGAACACAAAACUUUGGCGAGCUGUGUUUGCAACGGAUUUUUCUUCGGUUGAAAUCUUGGAUUCCUCUAACGAGGUGGUUGUUCCGCGGUUUGCCUUGACAGCCUAAUCAAUUUUAUUUCCUCAGUGAAAUGAGAUUGUCCACAUCGCUCGUCAUUAACUCGCUUGAUAUGAUGCUUUUCUAGUUUCAGAAUGCUAAGAAGUCGGUUCCCCAGAGGUCCACUUGAGUGCAGAUUGUGGCAC